ACACACAAAAUCACGCACACACACACACACAAACACAUACACACACACACAGACACACACUCAAACACAUAAACACACACACACAAACACAUACACACAAACACACACACACACAUACACGCGCAUACACACACACACACACACACACAAACACACAAUCACACACACACACACACACACACACACACACACACACACACACACACACAUACAUACAUACACACCAGGCUCAGGGGCUCCAUUACUGGGAAACUCGGCAAGUGCCUCUUUUCCAGAGAAAUGUUCAUGAGUAACCAUGACUACAAGAUGAAUGGUGUUUGUCUUAGUGUUGAAUAUGGUUUCAUAUCUGAUUUGUGGACGUAUGUGGACCUAAGUUAAGCCCUCCACACACAUGCACACACAAACACACACACACACACACACACACACACACACACACACACAAACAUGGCAGAACAUAAUCUUGUUAACUCCCCAAGCAACCCACAUAUCAUUUUUAUGAUUCACAUUAAAGCACAGUGCCAACUUGCACUGACAGAUGCAGUAAAACCUUAUCGGCUCACAAUGACGGACUUUCGAUGACUUCAUCAUGUUGGACUAUUUUUUUUUAUGUUUAUCUAACUUAAUGGUUACGCUGCAUGAAAAAGGAAGUGAAAGAGACCCUAACUAAUAAUAAUUAAAAAAAAAGAAACGCAAGCCAUCUCUACCUGGGGUAACGCUAACCUUGGGUUGAGGGAAGGGGGGUUGGGUCAUGAGCAACGGCCCUGUGGCACGGGUAGUAUUUUACGACACUCCCUUGGGACUAGUAAGUAUUUAUAUUUAUACCUCCCUCAUUCCUGCAGCUUCCCAUUGCAUAAAAAAUUGGCUGCAGUGCGGUGCCAACUUUGUUGAAAAAUUGACUUUUUGUGUAACGUGGUUCGUACGAUGAGGUCACCGGAAUUUAUAAACAGAAAUCUAUUUAUUUUUAUCACAAAUCUGAUUGAAAAAACAUAACAGCAAGACCCAUAUUCAUUUCAAUGACUUCCAAAUGUGAGGCCAUAAAGCUCAGAAUUAAGUGGCCCUCCAGGUAUUUUUAAAAGUUUGCUUCCAUCAUUAUCGCAUCAUUAUAACCUCUCGUGCAUGGCGAUUGCGUUGAAUAUAUAUUAUGUAUUGAAUAUAACCCCAGAUGUGAGCAAGUACAAGUUCCCCACCUGGAUCAUUGUCAUCUCUAGACCAUGGACUCUAGGACCCACGUGACCUCGUCCCUAUGGCACUUCCUUAGACAUUUACUAUCAUCUAGCGGCCGUUGGAGAUAUAACACGCAGUUUGAAAUGUGUGUAUAACCCUAAUGUCUGAAACUCGACUGCUAAAUGGGCAAAAACCCGCAAAUAGAUUUUCGGAUAUUCUUAAAUUCAUAUGGGCCAGGCCAGCAUUUAUUUCGAUGGGAUACAAUGCUGUGGAUAAAACCUAAUGAAAACCAAAACAUCGACGUCAGAUGAUGCAGUAGAGACGCAUUUAUUGUAGGGAGGACCGAAAAGAGAGCAGAAGGGAAUAAACAGGAGAUGGACAGGGAAGGAUGGAUGACAGGCAGGCCACGCUACUGACAGGUAGGCAGGUUGAUGAGCACACUGGGAUGAUGGCAGGCACGUAGGGGUUGGUGAUCCUGGGGCAAGGAGAACACGAGAUGAUAUACAGGAGGAAUCCUGGAGCACGAAAUGAACUUAGAAAUACAAAAUGCACUUAUGCAGAAACUGGUUCUCUGAAGAACCGGGCUUUAAGUAUGGCAGAGAUGAUGACCGGAGAUGGAUGGCAGGUGUGCAUGUCUAACAGGUACACACCGGGGAAAUCGAGGGAUCGCCUUGCCCAAGAGGGGGAGACAAAGCAAAGCCUCUGCUGGGUACCGGGAACAGUAACACAUUUUAGAGAAUAUGUUUCAUUGAAUGUGGGGCAGAUUCACAGGGCAAACCAUGUGAACCUUUUGCCUGCGUGUUAGCAUGUUGGCUGCCCCCCUGUGGUCUCAGGCAGACCACUGGCUGAGGGGCAGGCCUAAUGUGUGAUUAUUAUUUCACACAUUAAGGAACAAUUGGUUAAUGCAUAAACGUAAUAGUUUGUUGUUGUAACAUUGUCAUGAGGUAUAAUUAUUUUGGAUUUCACAUUCUACUUCUAAAUAUAUAUUUGAUAUAACAAUGACGAUCAAUCAUCAAACUCAAAACUGUUUCUGAUCAUUUUAAACAAUGAACCUCCUCUACAAAGGAUGGUCUGUUUUCAAGCUCACCUGGAAAUGUGAAGGACGCACUGGGGAGUUCAUGUGACCUCCUGUUUGGAGCGGCUUUCCGGCUAUUGUGUCCCAGGACUAUGGACGGUAGUUCUAGCAUUAUUCACAGCCUGUGUAACAGAAGCUCUACAAACUGAAACUGGGGUGACACAUGAUCCAAAUUUACAUCGUUGUCUCACAUGGGGUAUUCUUUGGAAGGUGUGUCAUUCAUUUGGGCAAUAGGUUUAUCGUGGAUAAUUCAGGAAUACACAUUUCACAAAGGGAGUAUUGUAGCCGAUUGAAAUCGAGAUUUUGGCAACGGCGAUUUUCAAGUCUGUCGUGUCGAGUUUGUUGGGUAUCGCGCAUCUCCCGGUGGCGCAUCAAAGGGCGCAGCGCUUUAACGCACAGGAACGAAACCACUCUGCCCCGGAGAGUCGGUGGAACUUGUGGCUCAAUGGCAUCAUGGACUUCAAGCGACUCGUUACCAGAUCUGAAAGAACUGGAGAAAAAGAUUGGGCGAAAAACACCGGAAAGUCUUGUUGUUUCGAUAAGAGAUCAUGCGAUGGAUUGCGACGAGAAAGGGGACCAAAAUGACAUCGAUAAGGACAACGAAAGCUUUUCUGAAAAGAUUCAACACCUGAAACGAGAGAUGCGGGGUCUCCGGCGGGCUGACGUGCAGAUCCUGUGGCAGCUGGUGGCGGUGCACGAGGGCCUGGAGGCGCUGCGUUGGCUGGAGGAGGAGCCGGGGGGGCCUCUGGCCAGCGGAGCCAGCAGUCUAACGGGCAGCCAGAGCAGCCUGGGCACCGCCGAGGGAGCCUGCUGGCCCUCCCUCACCCCCAGCAGUCCUGUACACGGGGAGUGCUCUCCUCCCAGGACGGAGCCCGCAGGAGUCCCUCUGUCGCCUCACCAGGAGACCCCCCAGGCUGCCAACCAGAAGGGACAGAGCCUCCCAAAGCCCGCCCUCUGGUCGGAGGAGGCGGGCUCUACCUCGGGCCCGGCGGGCCCCGAGCGGGGGGUCAGGGACCUCAGGUGGAGCAUCGGCCGCAACAAACGAACACCAUCAUGUAGCACCAGCCCUGACCCCGGGGGGUCGGACACGGGAACGCCGCCCAGGACGUGUUCACAGGGAUCGGGCUCGCUGCCGACCGCGCCGCGGGACUACCAGAACAGCACGCAGGCCGUCAGGACGGCCCUGGACAGCAAGAGGCCGAAGAGGGGGAGAGGUGGGGGUUCGGCCCCAACCAAUCACAAAGGAGAGACGAAGACGCGGGGCGAUGUCCCUGAGGGGCGUGUCCAGAGGGCCGCCGGGAGGCGGGGGGGCGAGGAGGAGCUCAGUGUGGAGGCGGCGCUGUUUGGGUACGAUGCUCAGUGGCGCUGGGUGGAGUCACAGGAUGAUGUGACAUUUUUAUGAUCCUUUUGAAAUUCAGAUUAUUUUUUAAUGCUAAUUUUUGGAGGACACAUUUAGGAUCUUACUAUUACAUUUUAUAAUGAUAAUAAGUGCCUGAGAUAACAAUGCCUGAGCGAUAAAUGCUGUUUGACAGAUUUGGAAUACGAUUAAUGUUUUUCAUUCUCAAAAGACUCUCCACUCAAAAAGUACAAAUAAUAUAGAUGUAUAAGAUAUUAAUUAUAUCGAUAUAAAGAUAGUAUUUUUUUGCAAAGGAUUCAUCAACUAUAAAGUAUGAGUUUGUAUGUUUUAUAUAUCCCUAUAUUACCUAAUGUUGCAUCACCAAUUGAGGUGUUGAUUGAUCUGGCAAACAACAAUAUGGUCACAAUAGUGUCGGUGUUGCUCUCGGCCUUUGUCUAAUGAUAUUGUGUUUCACUUUAAUAUAAUGAUGGAUAAUACGUUUACAAACCACACUCAUGGGGCUAAUGUUGUGGACAAAUUGUGAUUCAAUAAACAUCUGUAACAUCUGUGUUUCAUUUGCAA